GGCCGGGAGGCGUUUUAACCCCUUCAUUACAGAGGCGUUUUCCCAGGAACGCUUCUUGUUUGAAAAGAAGAAGGGGGGGGGAGUGGUUUCCUGACUUGGAGACUACGACUCCCGGCAUCCCCUAUGCUCCUGCGCAUGCGGGAAAGAUGGGAGACGAAGAGAAGCAGCAGCCGCGCGUGCUGCAGAUGGUACGAGCUGAGGGGUCGGAUAAGAGCUGUGUCACGUUUGUGCUCAACAAUGAAGAUCACACACUUGGCAAUUCUUUGAGAUACAUGAUUAUGAAAAACCCUGAAGUUGAGUUUUGUGGUUACAGCAUCACCCAUCCCUCGGAAAGCAAAAUCAACUUCCGCAUCCAGAGUAGAGGAGGCCUACCUGCUGUAGACAUGUUCCAGAAGGGACUGGAAGACCUUAUGGGUGUUUGCCAACACGUGCUUAACACAUUUGAGGCAAGUGUAGAAGAAUACAAGGCCAUGAAUGAUUUGACAAUGCAAUAGUGUGCCACAGAAUGGGUAAACCUCUGCAUACAGCGACGGGUUUGGGGACUACGACUUAUUAAAAAGACAUUUUGAUUUUUUU